CCCUGUCUUUCUUUCUUUCUUUCUUUCUUUGUCUUUGAAGCAGCCGAACGUGCCUUGUUCUCCCUCCCUUCUUGCCCACCUUCUUCCAAAGCAGAUCAGAGAUAUAAAAGCAUCUUAGUCAUCAACCUUCUUUCUCCCUAACUACUUGAAAGCAGAAAAGCCCAUUUCCCCUCACCAAAAAAUCCCCAUCAAAAUCCCAUUUCUCUUCCUUCUGUGAGUCUUCUUCCUUUUCUCUAAUUUUUUUUUCCUUUUUUGGUGUUUCUACUACCAAUUUGGUGGUGAUGAAUGAUGAUUGUUGGUUGGUAGUGUGAGUUUUGGUGAAAGUUUUAAUUUUUAAUCCUUGUCGUUCCUUCUCUUCUUGCAGAUCUGGGUGACGCGAUGAAGCAGCAUGGGUUGGUGAAGUCGAACGAAGCAGCAAUAUCGGAGGAGAGUGAAGCGAAGGGUGUUUCAACCACGGGACUUUGGAUUCUCGAAGCAUUGUGCCAUUCCAUUGUCUUCCUUUUAAGAUCCUAAUUCAAUUUCCAGGAGAACAAAGAAUAUGGUAAAUUUGAGCAUUAUAGAUUAGAAAACACAGUGGAGUUGUAGCAAAUGCUUGACAAAAUAGUAGUCAUCGGUGAAACUGCAUGGACUCCAGCUACUGGGCCUAUUCCUCUAAUACAACAGAAUGUUGGGUUUGAAGAUGCUGUUGAUUUGGAAGAAGGAAGUGGUGAUUUUGAUGAGGUGAAUGUCAUCCCAACACAAACUGGUGGAAGCAGUGAAAAAAGGAAGAAAAACACAAUUGGUCCUUCACUUACCAGCAAAGCAAAGAAAGUGAAAGGAGGGGUUGUAGCAUACAUGCAGAGAUAAUUGAAUCGUCUUUGUGAUGCAAUUGAAAGUUAUACCACAACUACUUUGAGUGAUUCAUCAAAGAAAAAUUAUGAAACAUAUCCUGAUACCACUGAAGAAUGUGUGGAGAUGUUGUUAACUUUACCUAGAGUUGAGGAUGGUAAUGAGCUUUUUAUGUUAGGUACUCAUUUGUUUGUGAAACGAGAAUAUAGAAAUAUGUUUAGGAGUAUAAAAUCAGUUAACUCAA